AUUGAUGUCGAAAUUUCUCAAAUCCUUUUGAUCUGAAUUUAUGGGAAUUUGUAAUACGUAGUUGAAAGAUUGUAGUUUUAUGCCUAAUUUGGGAUUGGAUUUGUUAGCUUGAUAUCAUUGGCUAUGCGUACGGUUUAUUUGUGUGUUCAUUUAGAAGGGGCGAAUGCUUUCUGUUUGAUUGAGAAACAUGAAAGAUACUGAAAACAUUCGUUAGCUUUCAUAUACGUGAUAAUUUUGGCUGUUUUUAUCAUUUUUCUUGUUCGAGUAAACAUUUGGAUCAUUCAAAUGGUCUGCAGAUUAUUAUUUUCUAUAUUGGUUGAUUAUUAUUGCGAAGUUUUGCAUUGUAGUGAUAUUGUUUAUUUAUAUUUCGAGAUUUAUCUGGAGGUAUACUGUCGAAUUCUGCUAAUUUGCAUUAUCAAUGAUGAAUGGCUCAGGAACAAACUAUUUCUUCGAUCGAAUUGAAGCUGCAGUUAGAACCUAAGUUGUAAAGGUAUAAUAUCUAUAGAGCAAUUACCCACAGGUAGUAGAUAUGGCUGGGGCUUUGGUUCAGUCAGCUACUAUUCCAGCUGUUGUAGUUGGAAAUUGCAGUCAGAUACCUGGGAAGACUAGAAGAGCUAGCAAAAUGAUGGGGAGUGCACAAUCACGUCCUCUUAGAUUGCAAGGAUUCACUGGCUUGAGAGGGUUAAAUGCGUUGGAUUUUUCCUCUAAAUCUGGACGUGAUUUUCAUUCAAUGGUAGCAGCUACUAUCUCUGCUCCAAAGGGAAAGGCUGUCAGAGGAGUUGCUGUGGCUAUGUUUGAGCGUUUCACUGAGAAGGCUAUUAAAGUUAUCAUGCUUGCACAGGAAGAAGCACGACGGCUGGGCCACAAUUUUGUUGGAACAGAGCAGAUAUUAUUGGGUCUUAUUGGCGAAGGGACUGGAAUUGCUGCAAAAGUUUUAAAAUCUAUGGGCAUUAAUCUCAAAGAUGCCCGUGUGGAGGUUGAAAAAAUUAUUGGAAGGGGAAGCGGAUUUGUUGCUGUUGAGAUACCAUUCACACCACGUGCAAAGCGUGUUCUGGAAUUGUCUCUUGAAGAAGCUCGACAACUAGGUCACAACUAUAUUGGGUCUGAGCAUUUGCUUCUUGGACUCCUUCGUGAGGGCGAAGGUGUAGCAGCCCGUGUGCUGGAGAGUCUUGGAGCUGAUCCGAGCAAUAUUCGCACACAGGUUAUUAGAAUGGUUGGUGAAAGCACAGAGGCAGUUGGUGCUGGGGUUGGAGGAGGCAGCAGUGGAAAUAAGAUGCCUACGUUAGAGGAAUAUGGAACUAAUCUAACAAAGUUGGCUGAGGAGGGUAAGCUUGAUCCUGUAGUUGGCCGACAACAACAAAUUGAGCGUGUCACCCAGAUUUUGGGCAGACGAACGAAGAACAAUCCCUGCCUAAUUGGAGAGCCAGGUGUUGGGAAGACAGCCAUAGCUGAAGGGCUCGCCCAACGUAUAGCAAAUGGGGAUGUCCCAGAAACAAUAGAAGGAAAGAAGGUGAUUACCCUUGAUAUGGGGCUUCUUGUUGCUGGCACAAAAUAUCGUGGAGAAUUUGAAGAAAGAUUGAAAAAGCUUAUGGAAGAAAUUAAACAAAGUGAUGAAAUUAUCCUUUUCAUUGAUGAGGUGCAUACAUUAAUUGGAGCAGGUGCUGCAGAAGGCGCUAUAGAUGCUGCUAACAUCUUAAAGCCAGCUCUUGCAAGAGGUGAAUUACAGUGUAUUGGAGCCACGACGUUGGAUGAGUACAGAAAGCACAUUGAGAAAGACCCGGCACUGGAAAGACGAUUCCAACCAGUCAAGGUGCCAGAACCAUCUGUUGAUGAAACUAUACAAAUACUCAAGGGUCUUCGUGAACGAUAUGAAAUUCACCACAAACUUCGAUAUACAGAUGAUGCUCUAGAUGCUGCUGCACAGUUAUCAUAUCAAUACAUUAGUGAUCGUUUCCUCCCUGAUAAAGCUAUUGACUUAAUCGAUGAAGCUGGUUCUCGUGUUAGGCUUCGCCAUGCACAGCUUCCCGAGGAGGCUAAAGAACUUGAUAAAGAGCUGAGGCAGAUCACCAAGGAAAAAAAUGAGGCGGUGCGUGGCCAGGAUUUUGAGAAGGCUGGGGAGUUGCGAGACCGUGAAAUGGAGUUGAAGGCCCAGAUAUCUGCACUGAUCGACAAGGGCAAAGAACAGAGCAAAGCUGAGGCUGAGUCAGGUGACUCCGGCCCUCUCGUUACAGAAGUGGAUAUCCAACACAUUGUCUCAUCCUGGACUGGUAUCCCCGUGGAGAAAGUCUCGAGUGAUGAAUCUGACCGUCUCCUCAAGAUGGAGGAAACUCUACACAAGCGCAUCAUCGGACAGGAUGAGGCCGUCAAGGCCAUCAGCCGUGCAAUCCGCCGUGCCCGUGUAGGUCUCAAGAACCCUAACCGUCCGAUUGCCAGCUUCAUCUUUUCUGGCCCCACUGGUGUUGGUAAGUCUGAGCUCGCCAAAGCCCUUGCUGCUUACUACUUUGGUUCCGAAGAUGCUAUGAUCAGGCUCGACAUGAGUGAGUUUAUGGAGCGUCACACUGUCUCCAAGUUGAUUGGUUCUCCACCGGGAUACGUUGGGUACACCGAGGGCGGGCAGCUGACAGAGGCUGUUCGUCGUCGGCCAUACACAGUUGUUCUCUUUGAUGAAAUCGAGAAGGCCCACCCUGAUGUCUUCAACAUGAUGCUUCAGAUUCUUGAAGAUGGGAGAUUGACAGAUAGCAAGGGGCGAACUGUUGAUUUCAAGAACACGCUUUUGAUCAUGACUUCAAAUGUUGGGAGCAGUGUCAUUGAGAAAGGAGGGAGGAGGAUUGGGUUCGAUUUGGAUUAUGAUGAGAAGGAUGGAAGUUAUAAUAGGAUUAAGAGCUUGGUGACUGAGGAGCUGAAGCAGUACUUUAGGCCGGAGUUCUUGAAUAGGUUGGAUGAGAUGAUAGUGUUCAGACAGCUGACAAAACUGGAGGUGAAGGAGAUUGCAGAUAUCAUGUUGAAGGAGGUGUUUGAUAGGUUGAAGGUGAAGGAGAUUGAUCUUCAGGUUACGGAGAGGUUUAGGGAUCGGGUAGUGGAUGAAGGGUACAGCCCGAGUUAUGGAGCAAGGCCCUUGAGGAGGGCAAUAAUGAGGCUUUUGGAGGAUAGUUUGGCAGAGAAGAUGUUGGCCGGAGAAAUUAAAGAAGGGGAUUCGGCGAUUGUUGAUGUGGAUUCUGAAGGGACUGUUACAGUCCUUAACGGUGGGAGUGGGGUUCCAGACUCGGUGCCCCCAGCUAUUCCGGUGUGAUUGUAUAUAAUAAUUCCACACGGCUCAAUGAUCAAUUACCCUAGUUUUACUUAGUUUAGGCUCUGCAGACAUGCUUAAUAUUUCAUUGAUGAUGCGCAGAAGUGAAAUGUUGUAAUGGCCUGCAGCAUUGGAUGUUCAAGAUACUUCAGUAAAAGCGUGAAAUUCUUACUCAUACUAGAUGACCUGGAUUGUCUUGUGACCAUGUUGUCCGGUCGUAUAUUUGUAUGGCACGCUUGGUUGUUGAAUAUCAAUACGUUCUUGCUUGUUUGGCAGAAA